AUGACUGGAGAAGCAUGGUUAUUUAUUCUUGCAGUAGUUGUCAAUGCUGUUAAUUUAUUUUCACAAGUAUUUUUCACAAUAAUGUAUUCAGAUUUAGAAUGUGAUUAUAUUAAUCCAAUUGAAUUAUGUAAUAAAUUAAAUCCAUGGUUUAUACCAGAAGCUUCAUUAAAUGGAUUUUUAACAACAUUAUUUUUAAUUAAUGGUUAUUGGUUUUGUUUCUUAUUAAAUUUACCAUUAUUUGCUUAUAAUGUUAAUAAAUUUUAUACAAAAAAUCAUUUAUUAGAUGCUACUGAAAUUUUUAGAACUUUAUCAAAACAUAAAAAGGAAAGUUUUUUGAAAUUGGGAUUUCAUUUGGUUAUGUUUUUCUUUUAUUUAUAUAGAAUGAUUAUGGCAUUAGUUAAUGAUGAACAUUAA